AUGUUGUUUCCAAAAGUAUCAUUAGAAUUUACCAGUAUAGGCUGUAACAAAUUACCACAGGUAGCCUCGUGGGGAUAUGAUGGUCUAUUAGCUUUUGGAGCACAUAAUUAUAUUGCUUUAUAUUAUCCUGAGGACCCGGAAUCUAAGGGAGUUAUUGCAACACUAUCAGGACAUAAAGAUAAAGUUAAUUGUGUGGAAUUUAUAAAUAGAGACGAAACAAAUCAAACGAAUAUUGCAAUUGUUUCCGGUUCAACUGAUAAAACUGCAAGAAUAUGGAAAAAGAAUAGAUCUGGAAAAUGGAUUAAUUCUGCGAUAUUAGAAUCACAUAACGAAUCGAUUAAUACUUUAGGAGUUAUUAGAUCUGGAAAUAUUACUAUAGAAAAAGAUUUGUUUGCUACAGGGUCUUCAGAUUGUGUGAUCAAAAUUUGGGAAAGGAGUGAAUUGGAUGACACAAAAGAUUUGGUUGAAUGUAUUCAAACAAUUAAUCUUGGAAUAAAAUAUCCUUUAGCUUUGGCAAUUUCUUAUUUACCAGAAUCUAAAGUGCCAAUAUUAGCUUGUGGAAGUACAGAUAAAAAGGUAUUAUUAUUCGUACAAAAAAAUAACCAGUUUGUUGAGUCAUUAUCAUUGCAAGGACAUGAAAAUUGGGUUAGAUCAUUAUCUUUCGCUACAUAUACAACACCAAUAUCACCACCAAAUAAUAAUAUUAAACAAGAAUAUAAAUUACAAGGGGGAGAUUUAUUAUUAGCAAGUGGUUCACAAGAUAAAUAUGUCAGACUUUGGAAAUUUAGUCUUGUCAAGAAUGAUCCGGAAAAAUUUGAUAAGGGGAAAGAAAAUGAGAAUGAAAGUGAAAAGAGAUUUUUGAUUAAAGACUUGUUGGCUAACGUUUCCGAAAAUGGAGCAUUAUCUGGAGGUAAAGUACAAUUAAGUACGAAGGCUCAUAUUAUUGACGUUGAAGUUGCUAAAGAAGGAUCAUGUAACAAUCAACGAUACAGCGUUAUGUUUGAGGCAUUGCUUAUGGGACAUGAUGAUUGGGUUUAUAGUGUACGUUGGCAACCACCAUGUUUAAUUAAAGAUUUUGAAGGGAAUUUAAAAUAUCAUCAACCAAUGACAAUACUUACAUCUUCAUCAGAUAAAUCAAUGAUGAUAUGGAAACCCGAGGCCGAUACUGGCGUUUGGGUUAACUUGGUGAGAGUAGGUGAAAUUGGAGGAUAUACACUUGGAUUUUUUGGAGGAUUAUUUAAUAAGGAAGGAAAUUGUAUUAUUGGGCAUGGGCAUACCGGAGCAUUUCAUUUAUGGAAAAAUGUUGAUAAAGAUGAAAGUGAUGAACAAAAUUGGAAACCACAAGUUUCGAUAAGUGGGCAUUUUAAUUCUGUCAAAGAUAUUUCAUGGGAUAAAGACUUUAAUUAUCUUGUAUCUGUUAGCCUUGAUCAAACCGCUAGAUUAUUUGCUCCAUGGUGUCGAAAAGUCAGCAGCAAUGAUAAAAUUUCUCUGACUUGGCAUGAAAUCGCGAGACCACAAAUUCAUGGUUAUGACAUACAUUGUAUUUGUUUUGUAAAUAAAUGGAGAUAUGUUAGUGGAUCUGAUGAGAAGGUAAUAAGAGUUUUUGAUGCACCGAGAACAUUUGUUCAAUCUUUAUCAAGGUUACUAAAUAAAGAAGAAAUUUUGGAAGAAUUAGAAUCAAAGCCGUUAGGAGCAAAUUUACCAGCAUUAGGAUUAUCAAAUAAAGCGGUAUUUCAGACGGAUAUAGAAAAUUUUGAAAAGGCUGCACAAGAUGAAGAAUUUUUAAGUAGACAAUCUUAUGUUCAUUCGAGUUCCACUCCCAAUAGUUUGAUACAAACUUUAAGUCAACCACCCUUUGAAGAACAUUUAUUACAACAUACCCUUUGGCCUGAAAUUGAUAAAUUGUAUGGACAUGGAUUUGAACUUAUUAGUGUCGGCGCUAGCCAUGAUGGAAAAUAUGUUGCAAGUGCCUGUAAGGCAGCAUCAGCCGAGCAUGCGGUGAUUAGAUUAUAUGAUACAUCAACUUGGAAAGAAUUACCAAAUCCAUUACAAUCACAUACAUUAACGGUGACACGAACUAAAUUUUCACAUAAUGAUAAAUACCUACUGACCGUAUCUAGAGAUAGAAUGUGGUCGAUAUUCGAAAGAUAUGAUGAAGGUACAACACCUUAUAAAUUUGUCACGAAAAAUAGAGCACAUGCUCGUAUCAUUUGGGAUUGUUCCUGGAGUCAUGAUGAUACAUUGUUUGCUACUGGAUCUAGGGACAAGACAGUUAAAAUCUGGACGCAAAUUAUGGAACAAGAGCAAAUUCAAUGGAAAUGUAUAUUUGUUAUUAAGUUACAAGAAGCUGUAACAGCAAUUGAUUUUGCUCCUAUACUUAUUAAUCAAAGGUAUUUGUUGGCUAUUGGAUUAGAAAAUGGAAAAAUAAUAAUAUAUCAAUCUGACGAUGAACAGCAAUCGGAAAAAUGGAAUGAAUUUAUUGAAGUUGAUAAAGACGAAUGUCAUAUUUGUAGUGUUAAUAGACUAAUGUGGAAAAGCAAAGAUAUUCAGCAAAGUGAAAAUGUUAAAUUACAAUUAGCUAGUUGUGGAAGUGAUUAUUGCGUUAGAUUAUUAAAUAUUAUCGUAGAAAAUCAUAUUUAG